AGUCAAGUGAGCAUAUAAAUUACUUCACUGAAGCUUGGAGGUGACAGAUGAAGAGUAAACAAUGAAUCGGAUAACACUGAUUUUUCAGGUCAUCGCUGUGUAUUAUGCGAUCCCAAGUCACGCCGAAGUUCGUGCGACAUGUGACCAAAAUGUUGAUGUAGACUGCCCAUGUCGCGACAGCAGCGAGUUUUUGGCGCUGAGAUGGUACAAGAUGAGUGGCGAAACCAGAUAUGCUGUUAUCAGCACCAGUGACAAUGGGAAUGAGAAGUCCAGUUUUCACCGUCCAGCCAUGUUUGGAGAGAGGAACAGUCUGCAUCUGCCAAGAGUAACCCCACAGGAUUCCGGCAUUUAUAAAUGUAUCAUCCUUGCAGGCAUAAAUCGUCCAAACAAAGAAUGUACGGUCAACCUUCUGGUUCAUGUGUGCACACCAACACCAAGGCUAAAUGUGUCGAACACACAUGUUAACUCCAGCAAACAUAUCGAGGGUCUGCCAGUCAUGUGGAGCGUUCUGGGUUACUUGUCAGUGAGCUUGGUCAAAGUGCUUUUAUCAUGCGCCACCAUUUUGGUUAUACGAGCUUGUCAUAUCAGAGCUUCGAGAGGAGUGGGACAAAACUAGCGAGGUUUUCAGUCAGCUUGAUUGGAGAUAGUCAACAUCAUAUCUCAAGUCUGAUCCCGUUGUCUUCAAUUGUUAGUAGUAGAGAGUGUCUGGUAGGGAUGAUGUUCGAAACCGGUUGUACCAAUUGUUCGAUAAGAAAAGAGCCGAUUCCAUGGAUUCGAAUCCCUUUUUGAGAACCGGUUCCCGUUAUCAAAGCCACUAUAUCGUAUUUUUGCGACCAUCGGGCGCACCAUAUUAAAAGGCGCUUUGUCCGUUACGAGUGCUAUUUCUCUAUUUAACGCAUAAAAAAGGCACAGCUUAUUUUAGGGCGCAGGCAUGGUUAAACAUACGCUAGCUUCAAACAUACACUAGUGUAACAAACAGUUCAAGGUGUCCCUCCAGUGUUGCCAUAUGGCUGUGACGUAAGAGGUCUAUAUAAAGGUGGGAUGUUGAAGGUGUGGUAUAUGGAGAGAGGUCUAAAGAAGGGAACAAUAAAGAAGUGGUGGAGACCGGACAUGCUCUCCUGACUCCCUUUUAUUAUUUUAUUUUAUCAGUACCCAAAUUAUGCGAACCCAGGACACUCGGCUACAUUGGUGGCAGCGGUGGGAUUUUAACUGCUGAGUUGAAAAAAAAAAAAGAAGAAAGUUUCACACGGGACAC